CGAUCGCUUUUUCAUGUCCUGUCUGCUGGCCAGCUAGACGAGCGUGCCUCGAAGGCAGUUUUUACUAACCAAGGCGUCAACAGCUCUGCGCAGCCUUUAGCUCUACCUUAUCGUUGAAGCUUGCCCUGCUUGCUUCCUUUUGCAACCCCCGUCUAUUCCACAGUUAUGCGACUCAGUCGCCUCCUUCGCGUCAUUUCCUUCCUACCUGUCGUUUGCGUCGCAGAACCCAAAGCGCAACCCGAAGCAGAAGCAGAAGCGGAACCCCAGACAUACCAGAACAACGCGCCAGUCUCCGGCGCCAUCUAUAUCGUCAACCCAGAUGGCCAGGCGGUCACGGCGGCCGGCGCGAACAUGUGCCCAAGCUACGCUUCGCUAAGUUGUAGCAAUAUGGGCCAGCCCAGCUGGUGCUGUCCGAGCGGAUAUACGUGCGCGGCUCCUGCGGAUUCGAACGGCAUGAUCGGUUGCUGUCCGUCCGGAAGCUCCUGCGGUGGGAGCGUGAACGUCGCAUCUGUCACAACUGUGACUGUGUACGGGGCACAACAGACGUCUGUCGUGUACGUCCAGCCUGCGCCGACCACAGUAGUGGUCUACAACAACCCGACGACGGUGGCUGUCUACAAUAACCCUACCGUGCAAGCGGUAGGCGGUUUCUGUCAAACGCUUACAAUGGUGGGAGCCGGCGUGCCAACUACGAGACAAGGCGAAUGCGGUACGAUCUUGAUCGUGCCACCAAGCGAGGGGAUAACGAAUUAUAGGGUGGUUGGAUACGGCAUGGGCGGAGCUCUUAUUCUUUUGCAUCUCGCAAUUGGGCGCAUGUUUCAUUGGAUCUGAACGUGAGUAGAGCUGGCACAUGGGUAUAAGGCAUGACUGGAUCUAGGGUUUACGACUAUACGAUUUACGAGUAUAUAUCUACUCCGCAACCAUAAAUCUUCAGUCCUCUUCGUAUUGACCACUUCAGUUUCCCUUCUUCGCAUCUUCCUCCUCAUUCUUCGGCACAUUAAUCAUUUUCGGCACCGAAACCGCGUUCAAAUGUCGAAAAGCCUACACAAAGCCAAUUAGCAAAGACUUUUAACACAUAGCAACCU